AUGGGUCACAGGAAGGUGAUUGGUGUACUUUUCCUUCUUACCGUACUCUUGGACAGCAGCCUUUGCCUUUCUGAAAAAGGGAGGGUCGCUCUGACAAAGGCCUAUGGAGGUAUCGAUAUCGAUAAGCGCCACGAAAGGCUUAAAAAUCUUGGACUGAGAAGUUUGGGACCAAAAGCUAAACAUGAAAAGACACCGACACCUUCGAAAGCAAAGACUAGAGGAAAUACCCCAGCGGAUGAGGGUACGAUCGAAGAAGUGAAUCAGAAAGAAGGAGUCGACGAGUACUUGUUCAGUGGUGAUAUGAUUCUUACUGAGUGCGUAAUAUAA